AUGUCUAUGGCUGCAGAUCCCCCACCCCCAGCCCCCGCCUAUCGCUGUGAUGUUAUCCUGGAACCAUCCCAGUAUACCACCAUCUCUCCUCCACAUCCAGAGCACGAGAAGAAGCAUCGAUCACAUCAUCGUCCAUCUGAGAUGUACCACCAGGUGAAGGAGUCCAAUUUAUCAGAGGAUGAUGUAACGGAUAUUGUGUAUGCCUGGGUAAGGAGCAACCCAAGUCUGUCAAGUGCACCUGCCAAAGAGUCUGUGUUGACACCUGUGACCCACGAUGUGGUGUACCACUACUAUCUUGAGACGUUUACAGAGCAGAGAUCGGUCUGCAUGCGAUUUGAGCCCAAGGCUACAGAACCUCCCAUAACCGACACAUCCAACACUCAACAGCCCAGACCCUGGAUGGUUAAAGUCUCACCCGCCAAGAUGUUUUGCAACGCGGUGUGCAAUUUCCGUCUGAUAAACACAGAUCAGCUCAGGGGCUGCCAUUACUGCGAGGAGGAGAAGUGGCUGAAAUGCCCCCGGUGUCACGGCUCAGGUAACAGGCCGUGCGCUCGGGUCAAGGCCCAUCGGGAGACACCCUCCAAGGAGUGCAGCCAGUGCCACGGGAAAAGAGAGGUCCCUUGCUCCACCUGCAUGGCCCUGGGCAAGGUGUGCUGCAGGAUGUGCCUGGGCAAAGGACGCCUGUGCUACUUUAAAGAGCUCCGCGUGGAGUACCGUAGCCACCAGGAGACCCAGCUGGUGACCUCCUGCGGGAUACCAGAAGACAAGCUGCUGGACGCCGCUGGGGAGGUGCUUCACGCCAGCACAGGGGUCAAACUGCCACCGCUGGCUCAGUUUGCGGUGCAGCAGGUGAACGAAGUCUCGAGGAGCAUGAUCGAGAAGUCCCACCAGAAGUGGCCAAACUGCAAGGUCAUUCAGCAGAGGCAUCAACUGAAGGCUGUGCCGGUGACUUACGUCCAGUAUGACUGGAGAGGACAGAGCGGAGGUUUCUACAUCUACGGCACAGACCAUCAGGUGUACUGGCCUGACUACCCGCAGCGCAAUGAUCGGUGCAACCUUCUCUAA